GAUCUCCGUCACCUCAAUUCUCCUCAGUCCUCACCGGAGUUGAAUUCAACGACAUCAACAGCUAUAAACAAAUCAAAAGCACCGCAUCUUUGAAUUUUCAACUGCAUUUCCAUAAAGUUGUAUAAUAAUUACAAAUUAGAAAAAGGAAAAACGAUGCAACUGAAUGGAUGUUUUGACUCAAGGUGCUGUUGAAAGUCCUGCAUUUGAUUACGCCCAAAUCGUCAAAAUUUCAAAUUUUGACCAUGCCACCACUAAUCUGCUUUCUCCAUGUCUAUUUAUGCUUCUCAUCUCUGCGUUUUGCUUUCUUUUUUCUCCAAGAAUCUCGUGCUCCUUCAAGUUUCCCUAUUUAUUUGAUUUUGUUAUCCCUCAGUUUGCACAAGAAACAAAUUUGAAAACCCCCUUUUCUAUUCUUGAAUUGUACACUUUUUUAGCUAUGUAAAUUAGAAUUGUUUAUUGGCAUUAUAUCAUACAGGUAGAGUGCUUCUAGAAGAAGGAAAAAAAUUUGUAUUUAGCUGGAACAGUGAGGAUUUUGGGGGGUUUUUUUGUAUUGAUUACUGUGAGAUUGCAGAGAGAGAGGGAGAGAUGGAUGGAGCGAGUGGUAGCUCUAGCUCACCGGCGCCAUUUCUGCUGAAAACUUAUGAAAUGGUGGAUGAUCAUCUAACUAAUGGUGUUGUGUCUUGGAGUAGAACAGGUCAUAGUUUUGUGGUUUGGAAUCCACCUGAGUUUGCUGGUGAUUUGUUGCCCAAGUAUUUCAAGCACAACAAUUUCUCCAGCUUCAUCAGACAGCUUAAUACAUAUGGCUUUAGGAAGGUUGAUCCGGAGCAGUGGGAGUUUGCGAAUGAAGAGUUUAUCCGCGGGCAGAGGCAUCUACUUAGUAACAUCCGCAGGCGAAAGCCUAUCCACAGCCAUUCGGGCAAUGUGAACGCAGUAACCGACUCAGAGAGGGAGGAGUAUGAGAAGGAGAUCGAAAAGUUGAAGCGAGAAAGAGUUUCCCUCGAGACAGAGGUGGAGAGUUAUAGGCAGAAGAAUCAAGGUUACGAGGACGAGCUGAGAUCACUGGGGCAGAUAUUGCAAGGCAUUGAUCAAAGGCAGCGGCAGCUGGUGGAUAGCUUGGCUCGUCUGCUGCAGAGCCCGGGCUAUGGCUCGGGUCUUAUGGACCAGUCCGAAUCCCCAAGCAAGAAGAGACGGAUGCUGGCUCUGCGCUACUUGAGAGACGAAGCCAAGCUGAUCAAAGAGGAUCCCAGCCAUUCAUCACCUCUUCCAGUGUUGGACUUGAAACACCUUGAGAAGCUGGACUCAUCUCUGACUUUCUGGGAGACGUUCCUUCGCGAGAUCGACCAAAUCCCUCCAGAAAACGCGCCAUCCUCGCCUAUGGAUUCUGAUAUCAACGCCCCACCUUGCACGCCUCCACAAGAGUGUUGUUCUGAAUCUUUGGCUUAUGUUACAUCAUCCACACGCAUUGAUCCUGAGUCGAGGCCUAACAAGCCAUCAGGAGUCGACAUGAACAUAAGUCCGGAUGCUAGAUAUCAGGGUGUGGCUGCUAAUGAUGUUUUCUGGCAGCAGUUUCUGACCGAGGCUCCUGCUUCGUCUAUGGUGCAGGCGGAGCAGAGAGAGGCGUACGAAAGGACGACAAAUCCUAGUAGAUUUGCGGAUGAACACAAGCCUUGGUGGACUGUGGAUGGCCUCACAACACAACACCCGGGGCAUCUCUCUCAAGCCGAGAGGAUCUGACACGGUUCUUUCGUAGUUUUGUACUCCCUCCGUCCGCCAUUAGGAGUCUCAUUUGAGUUCGGCACGGGUUUUAAGAAAUAUAGAGGAAAGUGGGUGAGAAAAGAUAGUGGAAUA